GUGAGGCUGGAGUGGGACAACAAGUGCAGCCGUGGUCCAGUGAGGCUUGUCAACACUGUCUGCUACUCUGCCUGCUGUUUGCUGCCACCCUGCCACACACAACCCUGCUGGUGAUGCCCCGGCCCACUAUGACCCGUGCCAGUGCCUCCAGCUGAGGACACCAUGGCUGAGGGUAGUGGCAACAGGUAUCCUGGGCAGGCCCCAGGUUACUUCACAGGGGGUUACCCUGUGCUCCCCUCAGGUCAGCCUCCUUCACUCCCCAUGCAGAUGUUUCCUCCUCCUACAACUCAUACAGGAAUGUUCAUGUCGCAGUUUGCACGGGAUAUGCAGUACAAUCAGUACCCAGGCCAUGGUACCCAGUAUCCAAGCCACAACAGUUCUCAGUACCAUGGUCAUAGUACGCAGUAUUCCAUCCAUGGCAACCACUUUCCUGACAACCCAAACAUCCAGACCAACAGACAUUAUGAACCCAAUCCUCAGUACUUUGGUAAUAAUCAUUACUCUGGAAAUAUACCUUUUCAGGACCGGACUAAUAUGCAAAGCCAAGCAAAAUACAUGACGCCCACUAGUCCAAUUGCCUCAGUGUCAUUUGAUAAUAGCUAUUCAAGACCUAAUGCCAAUGUUAUGUCACAUUCUCACACUGCAGAACAGCACAAUGACAGCAGAGGAGGACAUAGCCAAAGUAGAUUCAGUGGAAGGUCUGGCCAGAAUGUGAAUGCAAGCAUGAACUUUAGUAAUUUCAAUGCAGAUCCAGAAGUAGCAGUUGCACAUAGUGUAAAUAAUGUUACCAAGGAUGCUCAGUACACAGGAAGAAGGGAAAACACUGAAGUGGCAGUUGAAGCAUCACCAGGCUCUGUGAGUAAUACGGCUGUCAAAAGUGUCACUGCUCCAACUAGUACUUUAAAUAAAAGUCCCGGUGAAAGUGGAGUGUUUAGUGGCCCAAGUGACAAUGGGGGGGCACGAUCUAAAGGCAUGGUAAGGGGACGAGGAGGAAGAGGUAAGCGUGGUGGCAGAAAAGGUGGCUAUGUCUCUGAGAGGCCUGGUGGACAGCAGAAUUCUAAUGGCUACAGUUGGUAUGAUAGCCAAGAGAAUCGAGCAGAGGAACAUAAACGAGAAAGAGACAAUGCUUUAGCAGAAACAGCAGCUUUCAUGAAGAACCUCAACAUAAAGAAAGAUAAUUCAAGUCCUCAGCACGACAUCACAAGUGACAGGAGGAACAGGGGACGAGGGAAGUAUGAGAGGGGAGGAGGAAGUGGUGGGGGUAGAUACCAGAGGGAUUACUAUAGUGAUGACAAGCAAGGCAAAGAGUGGGUCAACAGACAAGUGAGAACAGAAGGUGAAAAAAAUUCUUAUGAAAUGCAGAAUAACUAUACUAAGUUAAACAAUAACAGUCAAAGAAAAGUGCGACCAACUGAUAACAUACAGAGUGUUGAUGAAUGGAAGCCCUAUAUUAAUAGCAAGGACUCCACAAGGACUGCAGAAGGAAAUGAUAAUAACCAGAACAUGGAAUUCCUUAGUGAAAAUGAAGGAAUGACUGCCUCCACAAAGUCUGGAGGGAAUGCAAGGUCUGCCAGAGGUCGUGGUCAGGCAAAACCAGAAAGGAAACUUUGGGACAGUAGACAUGCUGGUAAUUCUCCAACCAACUCUAAUUCUGGGAACAAGAACUACUUAUCUCCAGAGAGCAAAUCCAAGGAAGAAAACAGCAGUACACCACCUGGAGGAAUGAGUGGUAAAGAAGAUGAGGAGAGUCAGCGUGACCGUCUCUCGGACCAGUUAACAAAAGGGACCUACGAGUGCAUGGUGUGUUGUGACCGCAUCAAGCAGCAACAUGCCAUAUGGUCUUGUUUGGCAUGCUUCAAUUGCUUCCAUUUAGGGUGCAUCAAGAAGUGGGCUAAGAGUUCAACUGGAGAUGGUGGCUGGAGGUGUCCUGCCUGUCAAGGAUCAACUCCUAAGGUUCCCAAUGCUUACAUGUGCUUCUGUGGGAAAAUGAGAGAACCAGAAUGGAAUCGGAGAGACUUGCCACACUCUUGUGGUGAAAUGUGUGGACGGAGACGCAAGAUUGAGUGGUGCAUACACAAGUGUACCCUCCUUUGUCAUCCAGGUCCUUGUCCACCUUGUACAGCUUAUAUUAGAAGGUCAUGUGCUUGUGGAGCACAGACACAAGAUGUGAAGUGCAGCCAAACUGAGCCUUUUGUGUGUGGUGGAGUGUGUGGCCAGACUCUGCAGUGUAAAGGGCACAACUGCCAGAAGCUGUGUCAUGAAGGGCCUUGUGGAGACUGUGAGGAGAAAAUUUGCCAGACAUGCCAUUGUGGCAAAAAUGUUCAGAAAGUUGCCUGCACUGAAAGCACUUAUGGAAUCACAACGUAUUCAUGUGAGGAACAAUGUGGCCGCUUGCUGGACUGUGAGAACCAUCACUGUGAAGCCAAGUGCCAUCUGGGUGAGUGCCAACCUUGUGAGCUGGCUGUGCAAACCAUCACCCGCUGUCCAUGUGGCAAGGUUCCACUGGAAAAGCUGUAUGAACGAGAUGGAGCCAUUCAGCGAAAGUCCUGCUCAGAUCCAGUACCCACCUGCAGUCAGCCCUGUCAGCGUGUCCUCAAGUGUGGUGUGCCAGGCUCUUUCCAUGAAUGCCAGGCUCUGUGUCAUGAAGGUGCCUGUCCACCCUGUCCCUUGGAGACUCCAGUGAAGUGCCGCUGUGGUGCCAUGGAUUGUAAUGUUCCAUGCUCUGAGCUCACUACAAAGGCAGAUGAAGCUACUUGUAAAAAGCCAUGUAAGAAGCUUCGUCGUUGUGGACGCCACAAGUGUAACACCCGGUGCUGUAUAGACCUGGAUCACUUGUGCACUCUGGUGUGUGGGAAACUUUUGAGUUGUGGCCUUCAUAAAUGUGAAGAGCCGUGUCAUCGGGGUAACUGUCCACGAUGCUGGCAGACCAGUUUUGAGGAGCUGACCUGCCACUGUGGUGCUUCUGUGAUCUACCCACCAGUGCCUUGUGGAACCAAACCCCCUGCCUGUGACAACCCUUGCAACAGGCCCCAGGAGUGCCCCCACUUAGCCACUCAUCUGUGCCAUCCUGAUGAGCCUUGUCCACCUUGCACUAUGCUAGUUGACAAGCCUUGCUUUGGAAAUCACAAGAUGAUGCGUCGAACUCUGUGUUACUUGAAUGCUGUGUCGUGUGGGGGAAUUUGUGGAUUUCCUCUCCCAUGUGGUCUUCACAAGUGUCAGAGAGUUUGUCAUGAGCAGCCUUGUGUACCUGAGGGUAUGUUGUGUACUCAGAAAUGCAGCAAACCUCGAGAAACGUGUGGACAUCCUUGUGCCACACCUUGCCACAGUGGACUGUGUCCUGACACUCCUUGUAAGGAAAUGGUUCAGAUCUCAUGUGAGUGUGGUUUGAGAAAAGCAACAUUGCAGUGUUCUGAAAAUGACCGUGAGUAUCGAGCUUUGGCUACCUCAAUGUUGGCCUCUCAAAUGCAGAACAUGAACAAUGGCUGCACUGUGGACCUUUCAGAAAUAUUCACUGCAACAGCAAGGCCAGACAAGCUAAAGAGACUGCCAUGCAAUGAGGAUUGCCUAACAGAGCAGCGGAACCGCCGACUGGCUCUUGCGCUGCAGAUUGAAAAUCCAGAGGCUCGAGAAAAGCUGGGCAGCUCUUCCACACUGUAUUCUGAGUUCAUGAAGGAAGAGGCCCGCAAGGACCCUAACCUGGCAAAAUUGGUGCAUAGUGCUCUGGAAGACCUGGUGCUGAGGUCCCGGGAGUCUAAACAGAAGAGUUGCAUUCAUUCCUUCCCUUCAAUGAACCGAGAAAAACGGCACUUCAUCCAUGAAUAUUGUGAACAUUUUGGAUGUCAAAGUGAAGCCUACGAUGAGGAACCAAACAAAAAUGUGGUUGCUACUGCUCAGCGUGGAAUGUGUUACCUGCCACCCAUCAGUGUGUUGACUGUGGUGCAGAGGGAACAGGGCCAGCGCAAGGUCCCAGCUCCAGUCUGGUCACUCAAAUCUUCUGUUGGUGGCAAUGGUCAAGGCAUGCAGAAGCUAGAGAAAUUGGGUUCUGUGAAGAAAGAAGCUGAUUCAUCCACUACUAAGCCACCACCUAUAGAUUAUUUUGAUUUUGAAGACUAACAGAAAAAUGUGAACAUGAGCAGUGGCCUAUAGAUUAUUUAUAU